AUGGUGCAGACUCGGUUUGACAAGGAAAACACACCCUGCGAUGACUGCAUCAUCACUGCCACUUGCCUCUUUGUGUGUGUUCUGGACAUCGCAAGGUGCUGCGUGGACGUUCCCCACGAGUUGGACUUCUUAGCCGACUGUCUUGUGAUGUCAGUGCAGGGCUGCAUGCAUGCGCAGCAGCAGAUUGAGAUCAAUGAGGUCAAGAAACAUGGCUGGCACGGCAUGCCGCCCAUGAUCAUGCAGCACCUGCCACCGUCUCAGCAAGAGAUGAUGCAAAAGGUGGGCAUGCAUGGUGCUGCAGCCCAUCCCUCCAUGAUUGGGGCUCCGCAGUGGCAUCCCUGGCACAGUGAUGGAUGGUGCAAGCUGAGGCCCGGCAUGGGAGGAGGAGGCCCACCGGUGCAGGUGGUGUGUGGCAACUGCAGGCAAGUCUUUGGCGCUCCACAGCAAGGCAUGGUCGUAAUGUGCCCCUUCUGUCAGACGCCGAAUAACUGCUAG